AUGAAUCUCACGAAAGAGACCAUGAAGUGGGAGAUUGGGACCCAGCGCGAUGAUACUGGGCUGGGAGUCGUGCAGAUGUUGGACCAGUACAUAUUGCAUGCCACACUCACCGAGCACCCCGACAAACAGGAGGAUACCGUCCAGGUGGUGUUGCUGGGCGACGCCAUGGACACCCGCCCCUUCCGCCUGGACUGGCCCUCUGGCAUCGUCUUCUACCUGGUGGCCCCCACCGAGGCGCACAGCGUGGCUGCCAGCGCGCUGGCGGCCGCCGCCGCCCAGGCUCCCCGCGGCUGCCUGCUGCGUCGUGUGCGCACCGACGGCCCCCUCGCGCUGGACGCGGCGCUGGUCGCCGCCGGGUUCCGCGGCGACCGGCUGUCGGCCUGGCUGCUGCAGCGCCCCGGCUGCGGCGCCGGCUCCCUGCCGGGCCUCCUGGAGGGCGCCGGCGAGCUGGCGGCGCACGGCAGCCUUGUCCUGGGGGAGGUCCCGCCGGACUGGUCUGCGCGCCAUGCGCUGGACCAGCUGGCCGUGGCGGGCCUGCUGGGCGCGACGCGGGCGGCGCCAGGGGGCGCAGGGGUCGUGUUCCAUGCCACGCAGCAGCGCCUGUCGGCCCAGCAGGCGCAACUGUUCCGGGACCAUGUGGGCGCGGCAGAGGCUGCCGACGAAGACUUCUUCGGCAAUUUUUCCUGA